AUGGCUAGCAGCUCAAUCGCCCUUAGGUUUUCUUGCGUGGUGCUCAUGUGCAUGAUGGUCUAUGCACCAGUUGCCGACGCUGCAGUCUCGUGUGGCCAGGUUCAAAGCAACCUGCUGCCAUGCUUUCCCUACCUUAGGAAUAGCGGUAACGGAGCUGUCCCUCCAGCCUGCUGCGGUGGAAUUGUUGCCGUCAACAAUGCCGCCAAGACCACACCUGACCGCCAGACCGUCUGCGACUGCUUGAAAAAGGCCGCUUCUGCCUUCAGUACUGUCAACCCUAAUGUCAUAGCUGGCCUCCCUGCCAAGUGUAAAGUUAACGUUCCUUACAAGAUCAGCGCCUCCACCAACUGUAAAACGACGAUGAUGGAGAAGCAAUAUUUCAACCGCGGGAUAGUGGAUACGCAUGUUGAUGUAGUAGCUAGCUAGCAUUAGAAUAAGAUGGGUGUUAGGCCCAUUCGUGUGUGGCUCCUCACGUGGGACUGUGGGAGUCUUUUAAUUUAUGUCUUGUUGCUUUUGUAUUUCAUCGUGUCCCGGCCACGUUUAUACUAUG